AUGUCAGACGAUGCCACAGUAAAUUCCAUCACUGAGGUAGAUGCAAAAGUUGCAGAAAAUGAAAAUCACAGGGAUGUUUAUCUGAGUAUACCAAAUUUCGAGCAAAUAACACUCCUACGAGAGGCCAUUUUCAUUUUUUUUAUGUGUAUGUCACAAUUAUUGACCCAAGCAGCAAAUGCCCAAACAAUGGUGAAUUCAGUGGUACUUGGCAAAGCAUUUAAUGUGGCAGAUAAUGCAGGCCAAGUGUCAUGGUUCUCAGCGGCAAUAUCCUUGACUGUGGGUACUUUCAUCCUAGUUAGUGGAAGAUUAGGCGACUUGUAUGGAUACAAGAAACUUUACAUUAUUGGAUACUUAUGGUUUGGUGUGUUUUCCCUUCUAUGUGGAUUUACUGGGUUCACCACGUCAAACGUAUUUCUUUCAACCAUGAGAGGUUUACAAGGUAUUGGCCCUGCAAUUAUGAUGCCAAAUUCUCAAGCACUAAUUGGUAAUUUUUACCCCAAUGGUCGCAGGAAAAACAUGUGCUUUGCUUUGUUUGGUGCUGUUGCUCCUUCUGGUUUUAUUGUUGGAGCUUUAUUCAGUGGUUUGUUUACCGAUCGCGUUUGGUGGCCUUGGACGUUUUGGAUAUGUGGAAUUGUCAGCAUAUCUUUGGCUAUAUUGGCACUCUUUGUCAUUCCUGCAAAAGUGGGCAGUCGAUCUCCAGGAAAGUUUGAUUACUGGGGUUCCAUCACUGGUGUCUCUGGUUUAGUGUUGAUCAACUUUGCAUUCAAUCAAGGUCCAACUGUAGGGUGGGAGAAAGUUUAUGUGUAUGUGCUACUAAUAGUCGGAUUCCUACUUAUGGGUGUAUUCUUUUUCGUUGAAAAGAAGGUGACUGAUCCAUUGGUGCCUCCAGAAGUAUUGCGUGGUGACACAGGGUUCAUUUUGGCUUGUAUUAGUGCUGGUUGGUCAUGUUUUGGUGUGUGGUUAUAUUAUCAAUUCAGAUGGGCGUUGUUGGUUGACCAUGAUAGCGAAGUAAUUGCAGCGGUGCAAAAUAUCCCAUGUGCCCCAGUCGGCGUCAUUGCUGCUGUAGGUGUAGCAAUACUAUUAUCCAAAAUACCUUCGGCAGUGGUGAUGUUUCUUUCUAUGCUUGCGUUCCUUACUGGUUCGAUUCUUAUGGGAACAAGACCAGUAGGACAAACAUUUUGGGCACAAAAGUUCGUCAGUUUGUUGAUACAACCUUUGGGAAUGGAUAUGUCAUUUCCUGCGGGUGUUAUAUUGUUAAGUGCUGCACUUCCAAGACACCAACAAGGUAUAGCCGGUUCUUUGGUUUCGACAUUUGUCAAUUACUCGAUUUCAAUUGGGUUGGGGUUUGCUGGUACGGUUGAAUAUUACACCACCAAGGAUAAACCUCAGAAUUUUAACACCACAGUUUUAGGAUUCAGAAAUGCCUAUAGAAUGGGAAUGGGCCUUGCUGGAUUUGGAGUUGUUGUUGCGGCAGUUUACAUGUGGAAGCAGUUUCAACUGAGGAAAAGGGACAAGGAGAAGAAAGAGUUUCUGGAGAAAGUACAGGAACAAGGCCAAGAAAAUAAUGACAAAACGGCGACGUCAGUAUGA